GAUGGACUGAACGAUUCGCAAAACCUCUUGACGUCCCUGUAGAUUGAUAGGUUUCAUCGCAUUGAUAGGGAUCAAUGUCUAAAACAAACGGCCACCGCUUGCUCCUUGGCAACAUGGGUUCAGGAGGUGGCUCAACGAAGUGAACGACAUAGCAUACAGCCUUACACUGCAGUCGCCAAACCCACGCAACUCAAGCCACUCCGCCAGGUCAAUAGUUCAACGAUACGGAUGUUGAGCCACAGCAUCUUCUGCUCUUGCGGUCAGAGUAUCAGUCGGCAUCUCAUCAUCACCUCCCCGAAUGAUGAAUGGAUGGAUGGAGACACUAUCCAACCCACAUCUCCUGUUCCAUUACCCUUGGAGGACGAACAGGAGGAGACAGGUGGUGUGGAAAAAGGUCCGGACACUCGCUGGGUCUGGUUUGGAAUAAGCGCGUCCGGACUUUGUUUUCCCACACCACCCUGGGAGAAUGAUGAUCUUGACUUCAAGUCCACCGAGAAGAACAACUACAUAAGCCCGUUCUUUCCCUCCCGUUUCCAAGCUUAGGUCGUCAUCAACACAAGCUUCUCAUUCAUCACACUCAUUACCAACCCAACAGCCACUAAAUUACUUACUUAUUAUCAUAACCAUUUUAAACACCCAACCAACCAAAACACCACCACCAUCCAAAAUGAAGACCACCACCUCUUUCUUCGCCUACCUCCUCGCCGCCUCGGCCUCCACCGUCUUUGCGGCCGCCAUCCCCCGCUCCAACAGUUUCUCGCCCGUCCAGCAGGCCAAGGCUGCUCUCGAUGGCGUCUCUGACAACGUUCCCGUCGCGGGCCACUAUGUGCAGCAGGUGAAGGACAUCGUUCCUCCGGUUGAUGGGGCUUCUGAGGUUCCCACUUCCGCUCACGCCGCCGCCGCCCCCGCUGACGCUGCCGUCCCUGCUGCCGAGGCCGAUUCUUUUGGCGACUUUGCCGACUUUGCCGACGCUGCCCCUGGCGUCCCCGCUGCUAGUGUCCCUGCUGGCGCCGCCACCCCUGCUAAUGCCGCCGCCGCUCCGGCCAAGGCCGCCGACAAGGUCAACGAUGACGAGAAGGCCGCGCCCGAGGCGCCCUCCGCGCCUUCCGCGCCUUCCAUCCCCACCAUCCCUACCACGGCUGAGGUCGCCGGCAAGGUCGACGAUGCCGCCAAGGCCGUCACGCCCGAGGGUGCCUCUGUCCCCUCCGUUCCCGCUGAAGCCGCCGGCAAGAUCAUUGAUGACGCCAAGGCCGCCGUACCCGAGGGUUCCUCCGUCCCUGCCGCUGCCUCCGGUCCCGUUGAGGCCGCCGGCAAGAUCAUUAAUGACGCCAAGGCCGUCAUCCCCGAGGGUGGUUCCGUCCCUACCGCCGACUCCGUCGGUGAAGCCGCCGGCAAGAUCGUUGAUGACGCCAAGGCCGCCGUGCCCCAGGGUUCCGCUGUUCCUGCCGCCGUCUCCGCCCCCGCUGAGGCCGCCGGCAAGAUCAUUGAUGACGCCAAGGCCACCGUGCCCGAGGGUUCCUCUGUCCCUUCUGUCCCCUCCGUCCCUUCCCUGGUUGACGCCGCCGCCGAAAAGGUCAACGAUAGCGCCAAGAACAUCGCGCGCGGUCUUGCCGGUCUCCCCUCCCUCAACGACGCUCCUCUCGGGGGCGAUGUCGUCAACCAGGUCGGUAAGAUCGUCGAUGGCGCCGCUGGAAAGAUUGCGCGCCGUCUUGCCAACCUCCCCACCAUCAACGGCGCUCCUGUCGGGGGCGAUGUCGUCAAGCAGGUCGAAAAGAUCGUCAAUGACGCCACUAAGAAGAUUGCGCGCGAUCCUGCCGGUCUUCCCUCCAUCAACGGCGCUCCUCUCGGGGGUGAUCUCGUCAACUCUGUCGGCGGGCUCCUCGAUAGCGUCAAGGGCGGCGUGCCCGUCCUCAACUCCCUCGGCGGCGGUCACCGCGUUUAAAUAAUUGGGUGUGAAGAAACGGGUCCAUGAUUGCAGGAAUGUAGUUGAAUGAGGAGUUGGUAAACAAGAAAAUUGGUGGGGUGGAGGAGGAUUUAAUGACAUGGGGGAUGAGAGUGCACGCGAGGAUACCCGGUACCUACCUAGUCAUAUCCCGAUAAUAGUUAUUUUUAAUGGACAUUUGAACCUUUCAACAUUUCGUCUGCUCUUCGAAUCUCU